CAAAUUCGCCAUUUUUUCUAUUAAUCAAAUUGGAUCAGUUAGAAUUAAUCAGUUAAAAUACAGCAAGAUGGAUACAACAAAUACGUUUAUAUAACGAGAGAUAAUCAAGGAUGGACGGAGAAGAUGAACGACUUGAUGUGCCACCAGUCAGCCAGAGUGGCUCUGCAGUUCUUCACAAACUCCCAGCAAUUGACACAAGCAAGACAGAGCUCAAUGGAGAUGUACAACGGAAAAAACAUAAAAAGAAACGGAAAAAGCAAAAACACAAGGUUCAAAUUGAGGAACCUCCAAUUAUGACACAAAUAGAGGAUAACUCGGGAGAAAUCCGUCCACCUAUUAUUGACUAUGUCCUGGUUUUUGAAUAUAAGGAAAUUGAUGACGAAGAAGAGAACAAGGAUUCUAAGCUGAACAAAGCAAAAGAAAGGAGGACUAAGUUUGAGAAGUUAAUGGCAGAAGAGAGGAUUAAAGUUCAAAUUGAAGACAUUGGGAAUUUGAGAUUUCUGCUUCUAACAACAUCCUUUAGUAGGCUAUGUGAGGAAGCAGAGCAUGUUAAAUUAGAAAUGCCUUUGGCAGAGGGCCGUAUUGAGGACCCUGUCACUGGGUGCUGGGACAGGCUAAAAGACAAGUUGAGAACCGACACAGAGGACGAUUUUGUCAGUGCCCCUUUCACGCUCCAGACACCAGAUGUCUUCAAAGACUGGGACAAACCAGAGAUAUUCUUCCGACCUUCACUCAGACAGCUUUUAACUAACCACAUUCUUAUCAAUCUGGACAUCACAAACAAGAAAGAUAUAGAUGAAGAUGAACCCAUGUCUAAAAAAGGUCUUCCGUAUUUGCUUCACAAAGGUGCCUAUAAAGAUGCUUUUACCAUACACACGCCAUCUAUUGGGGAUCCAGACUGCAUAGAGGAGCGGGAAGAACGCCUUAAACAAAAAGCUGCCGAAACAGGAGAGAAAUUCUCAAAAAAAUCAAUCGAUCAUGACACUAUUGAAGACGAUUGGUCAAAGUUUUGCCGAAAACCAGAUGAACGGCAGUUGCUUAAUGACACAUGGACUAAAAUCUACAAAUUCCAACCUAUGUGGAAAAUCAGGAAUUAUUUUGGCGAAAAAGUUGGAUUCUAUUUUGCGUGGUCUGGACAGUUGAUUACAUCUUUAAUAUUCCCAGUUGUGUUUGGCUUGGCUAUAUUUUCCUAUGGAUUAUAUUUGAGUAUUAUGUCAUAUCAAGUUGAGAAGAACAUCGUAUCUAUGAAUGCAACCACUACAAAUUCUUCAUCUGGUAUAGCUGGCCUCAUAUCUGAUGCAAAAGAGCUGGUCUUUGAUCUCCUUGAUGUCAUAAAAGAAUCAUUUGAUAAUGAAGUCACUCCAUUCUUUGCCCUUGUCAUGUGUCUCUGGGGUACAUUGUUUCUUGAGGCUUGGAAGCGCAAGAAUGCAACUCUAGCAUAUGAGUGGGAUGUUGAUUCAUUUUCAAUGAGUGAACCUGAUAGACCACAGUUUGUGGGCACACAUGAGAAACAGGACCCUGUGAAUCCAGAGGAGACCAUGUGGUAUUACCCAUUGACGAGACAGGCUGGUUGGUUCCUGACCUCUGGCUCCGUUCUCAUUAUUAUGAUAUUGAUGGUAUUCAUCAGUGUAGCCUCAGUGAUCUUAUACAGGGUGAUAAUGAUGGUGGAUUACUGUCAAUAUAUGAGUGCAGUCGAGUGCGUUCUGGUCACCACCAUCGCAGGGUCCUUACUAAAUGCAAUCUCAAUACUCAUUCUGGGACGUAUAUACGAGUUCCUAGCAGCCAAAUUAACAGAAUGGGAGAAUCACCGUACCCAGACUGCCCAUGACAAUGCACUCAUCAUCAAGCUGUUUGCUUUCCAAUUUGCCAAUUGCUACUCAUCACUCUUCUACAUUGCUUUCUUCAGAGGGGAUCCUGGAGAAAAUGGUGUGUUGGGAUUGGGACCUCAAUAUAAAGAUGACUGUGGGAGAAACAACAACUGUAUGUCCAUGUUGUCUUUCCAAAUCCUCAUCCUCAUGAUUGUCAAACCUGUUGUCAAGUUCUCUAAGGAUAUCAUUCUGCCGUGGCUGAAAGAGCUUUUCAGGAAUCGAAAAUGUUGUCGAAAAAGUAAUAAAACUGAUCCAGUAGAUGAGACAAAAGUUAAAAUUUACACCCCUCAGCGCCAAAAGAUCCGAGACUACAUUGAAGCUGAGUACAAGAAACCGAAGCUUGGUGACUUCACAUUGGGCGAAUACACUGAGAAGGUCAUUCAAUAUGGCUACCUUAUGUUGUUUGCCUCUUCAUUUCCACUGGCCCCUCUGAUAGCCUUUUUCACACAUUUGUUUGACAUUGUCACUGAUGCAAAACGUAUGCUUUGGUGGUACAGGAGACCCCUUAGUGUCAUCGCAGAUAAUAUAGGGAUGUGGUAUGGGAUCCUUCAAUUCCUCAAUGUGGCAGGUGUAGUGAGCAAUGCAUUCAUCAUUGCAUUUACAUCACAAUGGGGAAAGCAAUACAAUGAAUAUGAGAAGCUUUGGUUAGUCAUCUUAUUUGAGCACGCAGUUAUAGCUGUGAAGCUAAUCUUCCAUAUUACAAUACCAGAUAUGCCCAGAAGUGUAAAGAGAACACAAAGAAGGGAGAAAUACCAAGUGUCUCGUAUUCUCCAUGAGGCCGCAGUGGAUAAGGCUCUUAGCAAAAGUUCACCAGAUCAGCAGUCUAUGUACAGUCAGCUAGGCUCAGCUCCCGCCAGUAAAGAGAGUCUCUCUCGUUCCUCCAGACUUGAUUCCCAAUCCCAGAGGCCUGAAGCCAAUUCCCCAAGGCCUACCCAAGAUGAAGAUAUGCUUUCUGAAAGUGGACAUCUUAGGAGACGGAAAAAUAGCCCAAUGAACCGAGAAGAAGGCAAUGAUGUAGUCGAUGGUCCUGCCCCUCUAAGGAGACCAGAUUAUAUGGACUCACCACAGGGCUCCACAGCAAGCAUAGAUCGUGAUGAUGCUCAGCUAUUACCUACUAAGAAGAAAAACAAGAAAAGUCCAAGAAAAAAACGAAAUCCAGAUGUUGGUGACACCAAUUUAGAUGAUUCAUCACCAAAUAUGGGCAUGGAUGACAAUGGAUCACAAUUGCCGAAUCAGGGCGGGGAACUGGAAAUGGAUGAGAUCUCAAAUAAUAACAAAAGAUAUGACUAUGACCAUGGGAUAACUCCAAAGAAACUCCCACCCCUGGCCUUAGCGGCCGUGACUCCUGGUAGAAUGCGUAAACAUAAGAAGAAAAGGGAGGUGGAUGAAAGACCAUGGUACUUAAGCCAGGCAACCCCACAUCAACAAAGAUCUGAGCCUUUACGCGACAAAUCCCACCUACGUCGGGAGUUUAAUGCAUCACCGUUACCUCCAGUACAGCCUAUAGGAUAUGGUAACCAAGGCAACUCGUACCAAGACAGUUUUGCAUAAUGCAAUACAGAAACAAUGGAGGCAAAUGCAAUGUAAUAGUGGGGUCUUGUUUUAAAACACGAAAUAAAGUGGAAAAUUAGAACAGCGUUAUAGACUUGUCAACACUCGGUGUAUAGAAAGGAAAAUACAAAUGUAUAUGAAACUUCUUCAUUUUUGAAAGAAAUGCUCUGAAUGCAAAAUUAUUUGAAAUAUUUUAAGUGCAAAUAUUUGAAAUAUACAUGUAAGUGACAAUAUGGCAUUAGUAAUUCAAACGCAGGGCUAACACAGAAAUCAUCCCCAAGUCUCUUCAAUGCUCAGAAUGUGUACCCAUGCAUUCAGAAGACAGGGGAUUUCAGAAAAUACAUGUACCAGGUAUAGAGUCAGGCUAUUUAUAUUAUGCACAAAGCUGAGUUUCACUCCAAGAGAAACAUGUAAAUAAUGUUAUCAUUUUAAAAACUAGUAUUUUAUUAUUUUUCCUGGAUGUGCCUUGAUCUGCAUCAGGUUAUUCAAUAUAUCCCAUAAUAUACAUUAUACCGUCCAGUCCACGUAACAUUACUAGCUAGUGAUCUAUAUCUUGAUAUUUUCUAAGUGCUUUGAUAAUGUAUACUCAAGUACAUGUACUAUACUUGGCUUGACUACCUUCAAAUAAGUUUUUAUUUGUAUGAAUGACAAAAGUACAUUGACAAAACAAUGGAGAUCAACAAAGGUUGCUAGUUGAAUCAACUGGCAAAUGGAGGUAGAGAGGUUAAGACGUAUCUCAGAAAAUUAUCAAUGUUAUUAUCUAUAUCCAUUAAAGAUGCAAUAUUUUUAUGUUUGUUAAAGAUGUACGAGGGUUGAUCAUAAAGU